AUGAACGAGAAAGCCAACGUUUCUAAGGAGCUCAACACAAAGCACAAAAGGAUACUAGAAGGACUUCUUAAAUUCCCAGAGAAUAGGGAGUGUGCUGACUGCAAAACUAAAGAACCAAGAUGGGCUAGUGUCAAUCUUGGCAUCUUUAUUUGCAUGCAGUGUUCAGGAAUACAUCGAAGUCUUGGGGUACAUAUUUCAAAGGUUCGCUCUGCUACUUUAGACACUUGUCUCCCAGAGCAGGUUGCAUUUAUUCAAUCUAUGGGAAAUGAGAAAGCAAAUAGUUAUUGGGAAGCAGAAUUACCUCCAAAUUAUGACAAAGUUGGUAUUGAAAACUUCAUCCGUGCAAAGUAUGAAGACAAGAGAUGGGUUGCAAGGGACACUAAGCCAAAAUCACCUUCUAGACUGUUCAUCCAUUUCACCCAAUUUCUGCACGACGAUUUUCAACAACAGCUUGCACUUCCUAAAACAUUUUCUGACAAUUUAAAGAAGAAAUUGCCAGAAAAUGUGGUCCUUAAAGGUCCUAGUGGAGUUGUGUGGAAUAUAGGGCUGGUAAUUAGAGAUGAUUCUGUUUACUUUGUGAACGGUUGGGAACGAUUUGUGAAGGAUCACUCUUUGAAAGAGAAUGAUUUCCUUGUCUUUAAGUACAAUGGUGAAUCACUCUUUGAGGUUUUAGUCUUUGAUGGAAACAGUUUCUGUGAGAAGGCAGCUUCUUAUUUUGUUGGAAAAUGCAGACCUGCUCAAACUGAACAAGGUGGUAGCAAGGCAAAGGACAACAGCAAUUCUGUUGAAGAAGUCAAUACUGCUUCUAAUGGGGGUGUUACUGUUGAGUGUGGUUCAUCUGAGAAACUUCGGCAUCUUAAGAAAGUAGGAGCACCAUUAGCUGUACCUUUUGAAACUGCCAACGGAAAGACUUCCAAUGUUGGCGUAAGAACUGAUUCCCCUGAGCUGUUCGUGGCGGAUGCAGCCACUAAAACCACACUCUAA